AUAAAAUUGCAACGGAAAGGAAGCAAAAAUCUUGUUAUAAAUAGAAAACCAAUUUAAUCACAUUGCCACCGUCACGGACACCGUCUCCGUCUCCACCGUCUCCACCACUCUCUACCCUUCCAUAAACAAAACGUGAAUUACAAGAGAAAAAAAAAGAACCCUCACAAAAUAUAAACCUUUUUUUCUGUCGAAUCGUUAUCGUUGUUUUGAUGUCAGCUAAAAACGAUGGGAAGGGGAAGCAAGCUGAGAAAGGGAAGGCCAAACGGAUCCGGAGCCUUCUCGGAGUCGGGUAUUGGGUCCAAGGAUUCAGGGUCUUUCCGUGGAUGGUGGUUAACUUUUUUCUGAAAGAUGGUGUUAAAGUAGACCCUUCAACUCUACAGAUUCUUCAGAAUUCGGCUAAUCUCCCGAUGGUUGGGAAGCCCCUCUACGGUGUCGUUUCCGAUGCCGUUUAUAUCUCUGGCCAGCACCGUGUUCCUUAUAUCGCCAUUGGUGCUUCCUUACAAGCACUGUCAUGGGUAACAAUAGCAUUACUUUCACGAUCGAACAUUUCAAUCUUCACAAUGAGCCUAUUCCUUCUCCUCAGUAACUUCGGUGCUGCAAUAGCCGAGGUUGCUAAUGAAGCUAUUGUUGCCGAGAUGACGAAAUCCAAAACUUCUCAAUCAGCUUCCUCAGGUGAGCUUCAGUCAUUUGUUUGGAUGUCUUCUGCUGUAGGCGGAAUCCUUGGAAACCUGUUAGUUGGCAUUGCCAUGGACAGAUUUUCGUCCCAAUCAAUGUUCCUCUUUUAUGGACUUCUUCUCGUUCUCCAGUUUCUAGUAACUAUCACAGUUCCUGAGCGCUCUCUUAAUCUUCCAAAAAGUCCAUCACAUGUUGGGAUUAGGAAACAGCUUUCGGAGCUUUCAGCUGCAUUGCGAAAACCUGAGAUAGCUAACUCAAUAGCAUGGUUUGCUGCAUCAUAUGCUGUAAUUCCAGUACUGACCGGAACAAUGUUCUUCUACCAAACACAGUAUUUGAAGAUUGACACCUCUGUUUUGGGAAUUUCUAAGGUGUUUGGCCAGGUAGUAAAUCUAUUAUGGGGUGUCAUCUACGAUCGUUGCUUAAAGUCAGUCCGACCAAGGACACUGCUUCAAGCUAUUCAGGCAACAAUGGUAGCACUCAUGAUUUCAGAUGUGUUGUUUGUGAGAGGGACUUAUCGACUGUUGGGGGUGCCAGACUCCGUCUAUGUUGUGGUUUUCUCUGGUGUCCUAGAGAUUCUAUUCAUCUUCAAGAUGCUGCCGUUCAAUGUUCUGAUAGCUCAACUUUGCCCUCCAGGAUGUGAAGGGUCUCUUAUGGCAUUCGUUAUGUCAGCUUUAGCCCUUGCAACAAUUGUGAGUGGAUACCUCGGCGUUGCAUUGGCAUCAUGCAUGGGGAUCACAGAAAAUGAUUUUUCUGGAUUUCCUCUUGGCCUUCAAAUUCAGGCAGUUUGUACCCUCUUGCCGAUAUUUUUUUCAUCGUGGAUACCUGAUAUUUGGGAACAUAAAACCAAGACAGAAUAAAUGUUGAUGCUUUCAGGAACGCAAUGUUUAUUAUCAACAUGUGAACAAUAAGAACAAUUACAGGUAGUUUCAGGAAGCUCGCUAUAGGUGCCUCAAAGAGAUGAUAUCUUUGGACUUGUUAUGGCGAGUGAACUGCAUAUUUUAACACUUACACAGUUGAAAAACUUGCUAUACGUAGUGGCAUGUAGUGUAAUGUAAAGUGUGAAUGAGAUGAUAGCUUCUUUUUAC